ACCAUUUGGGUAAAGGACACAAUGAACUGCAAUGAAUUGCUCGUUGCAAAUUUGCAGGAUAAAAUUCAACAGUCCUUCGAGUUGUUAAGCAGCUAUGAUUGGUUAAUUAAUUCCUACGUUCUUGAUUUUUACGUGGAUAAUCACUGGGAACGUCUUCCACCGUGCUGGAAAUCAUGCUUUGAACGUCUAGAAAUUGGUAAGUUAAAGGACUUGCUUUUGGUGGACAGCAGAACAGAAAACCGAAACGUGUGGCCUUUAUCGAUUUGCGCUCUUCGUGUGUUCUUCCGACAAUUCUGCCUGUCUCGGAAACUGGAACUGCACCCGAAAGAUUCAGGGAAACGCACUAGACUGCACGAACAUUACCAGAAACUAUUCCACAAGUCCGUCAAAUUAAAGAAACGACACGAGAUUGAAAAGUUCUGCGAUGACUGCCAACGAACAGGGAAAGAAGCAGAAGUGGAGUACCUGGUGGAUGUUGGUUCUGGUCAGGGAAAUCUAGCUCGAACCUUAGCUUACGGAUAUGGAUUCAAAGUUUGUUGUAUUGAACAAGAUGAGCAGCUUACUAAGGCCGCAAAAGUUAAAGAUGAACAGCUGUCGUCCAGUUUAAAGAAGCAAUUCAACGUUGAACUAUCGAACCAUCCAAUUCAUCUGAGCAGAAAGGUAGACCUGGAAAAAAUCGAACCGGAACAGUUCUUGCAAAUGAUACGGGAUUCGUUUAAUGUAGAGAAGGAAUCUCCCUUUCGCUUUGGUUUGAUUGGACUUCACCCAUGUGGCGACUUAGCUGUCUUUCUCAUCAAAUUGUUCCUAUCCUGCCCGGAAGCAAAAUUCAUAAAACUAGUCUGCUGCUGCUACAUGAAACUUUCAACUCAGGACCAGAAAAGUCAGAACUAUGGCUUUCCUUUAAGCGAAUUCAGCAAGUCUCGUUGCUUACGUCUAAACUACGAAGCGCUGGAAAUCGCCUGUCAUGCAAUUGAGCAAUACUGCAACAAACUUGACGGGCAUUACGAUGAACUAAAAGUGCAUGCCUACCGGGCAGCGAUUGAAAAAAUCAUUGUCAAAUUGCACCCGACGCUAAAGCAUUCUGGGCUGAAAAGCACCAAAGUUACCGAUAUGAGCUUCCAACUGUACUGUGAUAAAGCAACCAGUGGACUGGGAAUCGAACUACCUCAAGCGGAAGUGGGAUCCAAGGACGUUCAGUCGGAUCUGAACCACUGGGAACGGGUCGUAAAAUUUUACACAUUACGGCUUAUGUUUGCACCGUUGAUCGAGUCGGUUGUACUGUACGAUCGAUUGCUUUUCAUGCUGGAGCAAGGUAUUUCCAGCAAGAUUGAAGUAAUUUUUGAUCCCAUUUGUUCGCCUAGGAAUCAUGCAUUAACCGGAUGCAAAUAGCUACAAUACUGCCAACAUAACUUUAAUUUGGUUUGUUAUGGUUUCCAAACAAUCAGGUACAGCAUUGUAUAGGAAGGCCGGGUGUGGUAGAACCAAUAAUUCGACGUUUAUUUUUCAACCACUGUAUGAGGUUGAAUUGUUGGAAAGCACAUAAUCUAAAUCCGUCGUAAACAAAUUCACGUAUCUACGUGUAUUUGAUGGAACAGCCGCCAAAGUGGAUCUGGCCUAAUUGUUUUACAAAAUCUAGACAUACUAAUAAGCUGCAACAACGAUUCUGCCUGCAAAUGUAAAUAAAAAUCAUUAGCAUUGUAUGCCUAUUUAAAAUCAGGUUCCGGAACCAAA